AUGCUUUCACAUCGAGAGGAACAAGAUUCGGAGCAGCAGGAAUCCCCUGCUGCUGCUGCUCCGAGUCUUCCAGCAGCAUAUGUAAGUAAAACUAUGGACAAAGAGGCCAUGGUGAGCCAAGUCAUAAAUCCCAAGGCCACUGCAUGCUUUGACGGAGCAGCAGCCAACACUGCAACAGUGGAAGUGGGAGCACAACAUGAAAAGCCACAGGCCCUGCAACCCACAGAGCCAGCAGAGCCUGAGGCAGCAAUAAUAUCAGCAGUAUCAUCAUCAGCAUCCACUGCACAGCCGGUGCCUCAACAGCCCCCUAGUACAGUGGCUAUGGAAACAGCUGCAAGUCUACCAAAUGAAACUACCGUAGCUACAGAAGCGGUGCCUGCCAAGGUAGACUCAGCAGCAUUCUCAGCUCCAUGCAGUUCGAUCAACAGCAACAACAUGUGGAAGGAGGCUCUGGAGCGUGAGAUUGUUAUCGACGGGGAAACCGAAAUGGAUGACUUUAUUGUUGCAGCACAUGUCGCUCAGGCUGACACGUUGAUGCUGCAGAAGCUGAAGCUCGCUGAACCCUUUCCUCCCAAAUUGCGUAACCGAGCUCCCGCUGCGGCUGCCAGACAGGAGGGAGGAGGCAGCAGCAGUAGCGAGAGCAGUGACAGCGAGGGUGAGAUUCCAGCAGCAUCUCGGGCUGGAACAGCAGCAGCAGAUGUGGUUGACGGGGAUUAUUGCAGCGAUGAGGAAGGAGCAGGUAAAACGGCUAAAGAAGACUUGCGUUCCCUUAUCCAGCCAAUCGAGGUCGCAGGUUUGCCCGAGCGCGUGCCCGAUGGCGCUGAGUUACAAGCGUGUGGGAGCAUCGAAUCCGUCAUAGGAGAUGUUAUCUGCAUUAAGGCCAACCUCGGUGCUAACCCCAUGGAUUUGGGGUCGGUUGUUUGCCUCGAAGAUCGGCGAAUUCUUGGCGUGGUAGCAGACACAUUCGGGCCUACUUCUUCACCCUUCUACGUGGUGUACAUACAGCCGAGCGCCCUUGCUGCAGCACGGGAUACCGUGAAGCCGGGUGCAGGCGUCUUGUGUGAUUUGGAGCACGCCUCCUUCUUGAUGGAUCAGCAUGGGAAAGCCCUUGACUACCUGCACACCAGGGGAGGAACAUGGCAGGAGCAAUCGGGCAGCGGCUUGCGAGCAUCCUCGCCAGUAUAUACGCAGCAUGCACAGAGUUCCCUGAAGCAGCAGCACCCUAGUAUCCCCCCGCCACCUCCUCAGCCAACCCACGGGAUCCACAUGCAGCAGCAAGAGCAGGUUCCAAACCAGCAGCCGCAUUCACGAUGCAGAGCCUGCUUACAAGAAUGCAGCGGCUUGCAGCAACAAUCAGAACAAUGUAGCUGUUCUUGGUGCCCUCCAAUCCUCGGAACGCUGCCUCCUGCUUGA